CUCAGUUUGAGUUAUUAAGGAAUCGAAUAAUAUUUAUGUUGCGUAAGAAAGAGCAGUGCUCUCUUAUCUUCCAAAGACUCCUAGCCUAGCCUACCACAAUAAUCCUCACCGUAAUCACUUUUGAAGAUUUCAGUCUGAGAUCAGUUGGUUCAGUCGCAAUCAAUAUUGUCAUAUUUCUAUAAACAGACGGUCAAGUCGAUAGAUAUUCAAAAUGCCUUCUCUGGAAAAGUCAUUCAAAUGUAUUAAAAACGUUAUUUUCGACAUGGAUGGACUUCUUUUAGACACAGAAAUUUUAUAUACAAAAGCUUACGAGAACAUUUUACUGAGAGAAUUCAAGAUCAAAAUGCCGAAAGAUUUCAAAUCUAAAAUAAUGGGACUCAAUACAGACAAAGUCAACGAGAAAUUCAUUGAAACUUUCAAACUUCCUAUCACGGCUGAAAAGUUUCAGGAAAUCAAAGAUAAGGAACUGAACGCCCUCCUUAGCAAGAAUGAGAAGAUGCCAGGAGCUAAAAAACUAGUGGAACAUUUGCACAAGAAAAAUAUACCUAUAGCAGUGGCAACAUCUUCUGGACAGCAGAGCUUCGACCUGAAAACUCAGAAUCACAAGGAAUUUUUCAAACUAUUCAAUCAUAUAGUUCUUGGCAGUUCUGAUCCUGAAGUCAAGAAGGGAAAACCAGCUCCGGAUAUUUUUUUGGUGUGUGCCUCUCGUUUUCCCAACAAACCAAAACCCGAAGAUUGUUUAGUUUUUGAAGAUUCGCCCAAUGGCGUACAGGGGGCAAAAGCUGCUGGAAUGCAAGUGGUGAUGGUGCCUGAUCCAAAUUUGGACAAAGAGCAGACCAAAGACGCUACAUUAGUACUCAAGUCUUUGGAAGAAUUCAAACCAGAGGCUUUUGGGUUGGCCUCCUUUUAAUAAUAAACUGUGGUGAAUUUUCUGACAAGUAAAUAUAUUCAAAACAA